AUGCUAACCUCUUUGAAUAUCUUCUCGAUUCUUUCUCUCCCUAUCCUUUCCCCGUUCCGGUUCCUCCUACGUCAGGUCGGUCUACCCAAUGUCGGCAAGUCAACGCUCUUCAACACGUUAACCAAGCUCUCCAUCCCCGCUGAGAACUUCCCCUUUUGCACCAUCAACCCCAACGAGGCUCGCGUCAAUGUACCUGACGACCGCUUCGACUGGCUCUGCCAGCUGUUCAAGCCCAAGAGCGAGGUCUCCGCCUUUCUGGAGGUGAACGAUAUUGCAGGGCUGGUGCGCGGAGCCAAUGAAGGGGAGGGAUUGGGCAACGCGUUCCUCUCGCACAUCCGAGCCGUUGAUGGCAUCUUCCACGUCUGCCGUGCGUUUGACGAUGCGGACGUGAUUCACGUGGAGGAUACUGUUGACCCCAUCAGGGACCUGGAGAUCAUUCACAACGAGCUGCGGCUGAAGGACAUUGAGUUCAUGGAGCGAGCCAAGGAGGACUAUGAGAAGCAGCUCAAGCGCAGCAACGACAAGCAGCUCAAGAUCGACCAUGAGCUCUGCCUCCGGGUGCUGGCGCAUUUGAAUGAGGGCAAGGAUGUGAGGCUGGGCGAGUGGAAGGCAGCUGACAUUGAAGUUCUCAACACCUUCCAGCUGCUGUCUGCCAAGCCAGUUGUCUACCUGGUGAAUCUGACGGAGAAGGACUAUCAGCGCAAGAAGAACAAGUGGCUUGCCAAGAUCCAUGGCUGGGUGCAGGAGCACGGGCAGGACCCCAUCAUCCCGUUCAGCGGAGUGUUGGAGUCGAAGCUGGCUGACAUGCCGGCCGACGAGGCUGCCACCUACUGCAAGGAGAAUGAUAUCCAGAGUGGUCUUCCAAAGAUCAUCAAGACGGGAUUCGCAGCCAUCAACCUCAUCUACUUCUUCACGGCUGGGCCUGACGAGGUGAGGUGCUGGCAGAUCCGCAAGCAGACCAAGGCACCGCAAGCAGCAGGGGCCAUUCACACUGAUUUUGAGAAGGGCUUUAUUUGUGCUGAGGCUGCUGGCAAGUACAAGCAAGAAGGGAAGACAUACGUGGUUCAAGAUGGAGAUAUUAUCUUCUUUAAGUUCAAUGUCUCUGGGGGUGGCAAGAAGUAG